CCUGGAGAGCCUGUGAGCAGAUCCCUCUAGGGAUCCCACAGGGACAGGGACCUCACCCAGCCCUGAUCCCCAGGGACGGGCUGUGCCCCCACUGCCACCUCACCUCAGUGGGGCUGGCAGCCAGCAAGGUGCUCCCAGAAGAUGCUCUGUCCUGCUGAACACGCCAGCCCUCUCCACCACUGGCAGCGAUUCUGGUCCCUGAAGUCCCCAUCCGAGUGACACGGUGGCACCAUGAAGGCAUCUGGCCCUGUGGGAGGUAUCAUGGUGACUCUCCUCUGCUGCUGCCUCCUGAGCUCGGCGUGGGCUCUGGUGGAUCCCGAUGAUGUUCUCACGAAAGAAGAGCAGAUCUAUCUCCUGGUGGAGGCCAAGGAAAAGUGUCAGAGGGACAUAAAGGCCCAGCUGGAGAAGAUCAAAGACCCCAGCUGCCCUCCAGAGUGGGAUGGGAUCAUCUGCUGGCCAAGGGGCUCCCCCAGCCAGGAAGUGUCAGUGCCCUGCCCCGACUACAUCUACGACUUCAACCACAAAGGUCACGCCUACAGGUACUGCAGUGCCUAUGGGACCUGGGCCAUGGCUCUCAGCAUCAACAAGACCUGGGCCAACUACACGGAGUGUGCCCUGCUCUUCUCCUCCGAGAGCCGGAGCCACCAGAAGGAGGUGUUUGACCGCCUGCACCUCAUGUACACCGUGGGCUACUCCAUCUCCCUGGCCUCCCUUAUUGUUGCUGUCUGCAUCCUCUCCUACUUCAAGCGCCUGCACUGCACACGGAAUUACAUCCACGUGCACCUCUUCACCUCCUUCAUCUGCCGGGCCCUCAGCAUCUUCCUCUAUUUUCUGGCCACCAACCACUACUGGAUCUUGGUGGAAGGUCUCUACCUGCACAGCCUGAUCUUCAUGGCCUUCCUCUCCAACAAGAACUACCUGUGGGUCCUCAUCAUCAUCGGCUGGGGUCUCCCUGCUGUGUUUGUGUCUAUCUGGGCCAGCGUCAGGGCCUCGCUGGCAGACACACAGUGCUGGGACCUCAGUGCAGGGAACAUGAAAUGGAUUUAUCAGGUCCCCAUCCUGGCUGCAGUAGUGGUGAACUUCUUCCUCUUCCUCAACAUCAUCCGGGUGUUGGCCUCCAAGCUCUGGGAGACCACCACGGGCAAGCUGGAUCCCCGGCAGCAGUACAGGCAACUGCUCAAGUCCACGCUGGUGCUGAUGCCGCUUUUCGGAGUCCACUACGUGGUGUUCAUGGCCAUGCCCUACACCGAGGUCUCCGGGCUCCUAUGGCAGAUCCAGAUGCACUAUGAGAUGCUUUUUAACUCCUCCCAGGGUUUCUUUGUGGCUUUUAUUUACUGCUUUUGCAAUGGGGAGGUGCAGGCCGAGAUCAAGAAGGCUCACGUCCGCAGGCUCCUGGCGCUGCGCCUGGGGCAGCGGGCGCGCCCCGGGAGCUGCUGCUGCGCCGGGCAGGGCGCCCGGGCCCCCCAGAGCCGCAGCACCAGCCUGGCAGGGCGCGGAGCGGGGGGCGCCCGGGGGCUGCUGCUCCCGGCCCGGCCCCACCUGCCCGGGUACAUCCCCGGCUCGGACCAGCUCCUGCCCUGCCCCGCGCAGGAACUGAGCCAGAAAGCCUGGGGAGAAAACACGGUGGAUUUGACAGAGCUGACUCCAUGUCAGGCCAAGCCCAACAAGGAGCUGGAGACGAUGCUGUGA